AUGUGGCUGAAGCUUUUUUUCUUGCUCCUCUAUUUCCUGGUCCUGUUCGUCCUGGCCAGGUUUUUUGAGGCCAUUGUGUGGUAUGAAACUGGCAUCUUUGCCACCCAGCUGGUGGAUCCGGUGGCACUGAGCUUCAAGAAGCUGAAAACCAUUCUGGAGUGCCGAGGACUGGGGUACUCGGGGCUGCCCGAGAAGAAGGAUGUGCGGGAGCUGGUGGAAAAGUCAGGUGACUUAAUGGAAGGUGAACUCUAUUCUGCACUCAAGGAAGAAGAAGCAUCUGAAUCUGUUUCUAGUACCAAUUUCAGUGGUGAAAUGCAUUUCUAUGAGCUUGUAGAAGACACAAAAGAUGGCAUCUGGCUGGUUCAGGUCAAUGAGUGGUCACUGAAGAUAAGAAAGGAAAUGAGAGUUGUUGACAGGCAAAUAAGAGAUAUUCAAAGAGAAGAAGAAAAAGUGAAACGGUCUGUGAAAGAUGCUGCCAAGAAGGGUCAGAAAGAUGUCUGUGUGGUUCUGGCCAAGGAGAUGAUCAGGUCAAGGAAGGCUGUAAGCAAGCUCUAUGCAUCCAAAGCUCACAUGAACUCUGUGCUCAUGGGCAUGAAGAACCAGCUGGCGGUUUUGCGUGUGGCCGGUUCCCUGCAGAAGAGCACAGAAGUGAUGAAGGCCAUGCAGAGUCUAGUGAAGAUCCCAGAAAUCCAGGCCACCAUGCGGGAGCUGUCCAAAGAGAUGAUGAAGGCUGGGAUCAUAGAAGAGAUGUUAGAGGACACUUUUGAAAGUAUGGAUGAUCAGGAAGAAAUGGAAGAAGCAGCAGAAAUGGAAAUCGACAAAAUUCUGUUUGAAAUUACAGCAGGGGCCUUGGGCAAAGCACCUAGUAAAGUGACUGAUGCCCUUCCAGAGCCUGAAGUUGUAGGAGCAAUGGCCGCCUCAGAUGAGGAAGAGGAAGAGGAGGAGGAGGCCCUGGAGGCCAUGCAGUCCCGGCUGGCCACGCUCCGCAGCUAGGGGCCACCCAGCUGGGCCCUCAAGCUCUUCUCAUGCCUGUCCGCCAGGUGUGCGCACACUCCUCUGAAACAGCAGCCAUUUAUGUAUCUCUUGCACUACACCUCUGUGAUGAGGCUUUGCAUUCUAAAGAAGGUUUUCUUCACUCUGCAGAGGUUUUGGGGAUUGUUCUUGAGAGGUGGUGUAAUAAACACAUCAUUUUCAGGAGUAUAAACAGAAGUAUCUGUUUUGGAAGGAAGGCAAAAGAAUUUGAUCUUCUCACAAAACACUUCUGAGAAUGGAGUUCAUUGCCUGAAUGUCAAAGACUCUGUACAUUUUUUGGUCUGUAAAACACUAUAUAAAUGGAUUUUAAUAAAUUUCUGCUUUAACACUUGGUCUUAUUUUAGAUUGUCAUAUGCAAUGAACUUUCAAGCUGUUUGCUAUUCCAAAUUAUUUCAUAUGUGGCCUUGGAAAGAGAUGCAUGAAACUUGGAAGCUCAGAAGAAGGGGCUUUUCCUCUGUGGGUGCUUCUCCCCAGCCUUCCCACAAUGUAUGGGAGCCAUUUUGUGCUUUUUGACAUCUUUUAACCAAAAAGAUGAUUGGGGAUUUUGACUCUGUGUCCUGUUUGGACGGAUGUAUUAUGUCCUGAGAGGUGUGUGUGGGGUGGGAGUCAAGGGACUUUUCUUCCCUCCCUUCCCAUUGCAGGUUGCACCCAUAACAGACAACUAUGAGAUGAGGACACGUUCUCUGACUGCCUGGCCCUGCUUUGGGCUGGUUGUUGUGGACGCAUGGGAUAUGGGCCUGCCCAUAAGUGCUUUAUCAAAGCCAGGAGCUGACCAGUGAGAGGCGUGAUGUGGUCAUGCAUUAUAAACAACUCGCACACAUCUGAAAUAUUCCUAAAUUACAUUUGUAAGUAAUUCAGCAGUAGCAAUUUAUAGUUGUGUUUGACAGUUUAUAAAACUCUUUGACAUAUGUGAUCUCAUUCAGUCCUAACCAAAAAGGAAAACAGCUCACCUUGUACUGCUGGGAUUCGACCCAGAAACCUCUGGUCCAAGUCCUAUGUGUAGUAAAUCAGGCAGAAAAAACCCAGCCACUUACUCACAGGCUGCCUGGUGCAGAUUGUGCGGAGAUCCUGGUGUCUCCGGUGUUGCUGCAGUGAGGCCCUUCUAGUCUCAUCAUGCAAAUUGGAGAUCAUGAAUCCAGGUAUGACCUUAUUACUCCUGAUUUUAUCUUCAGGAUACACUUUGUUUUUUCAGUAAACAUGUUUUGGAGCAGUUUUAAGUUCAUAGCACAAUUGACUGGAAAAUAUAGAAUUCCCAAGUACUGCCUGUCCCAACACGUGCAAGGUUUUCCCACGUGUAGCGUACUGCCACCCCUCCCACACCACGGAAAUAUGUUCGUUCCUGAAAUCAUGCAGCGUGUAGCCUUUCAGAUUGGCUUCUUUCAGUUACUAAUAUGCAUGUAAGUUUUCUUUAUGCUUUUUAAUAGCUUAGUAGCUCAUUUCUCUUUAUUGCCGAAUAAUAUUCCAGCAUUUGUACGUACCACACUAUCCACUCAGCUGUUGAAGGACAUCUUGGUUGCUUCCAAGUUUUGGCAAUUAUGAAUAAAGCUGUAAACAUUCGUGUGCA